AUGCCGUCUGACCGUGUUUCCAAGAAAAGGGCCAAGGCCUCGUCGUCCAUCCGUUGUGGUGUCCUGCUUUCCACGAUCCUUUCGAAUCCCGACAUUCUUACGAUGCCUUCUUGCUCGGCUUGCGAGCGUCGCGGACUCCGGGAAUGCCAGGUGUCGUCUUCGGAUUCUGAUCGCUGUGUCGAAUGCCUUCGAAAUAUUGCAAAUCAACACAUCAAGCUCGAACGCGAGCUUGAGGAGGCCGAGGAAAAGGUUCUGCGCCUUCGAAAACAAAAGAAAUUAUGGUUUGAAAAGAUGAUGCGGGCGGUCUCCCGUGGGAUCGAUAACGUUGAGGAGCUGGAACGUGUCGAGAAAGAAGAGGCGGAGAAGGAGCGGCAACGAGUGGAGGAGGCGCGGCCGCCUUCCCCUCACGACGAUCGGUUACCCUCGGACUUCGUCGAGGAUUGGGAUUCUUUGUACUCCCAGGUGUCGUUGUCUCCUUCUGUCUUAGCCCAAUUUGGGUUGCUCGGGGAUUCGUCGGCGCCGGAAAAUCCCAUUUCGUCAGGAGGUUGA